AAGGGGUCAAAGUGCAAAACGGCAGCAGAGGAAACGGAGAGGAGACGGAUCAUAAGAACUGUGACACAGGCUUAAAAACACACCCUGUCAGCUGGGAUCCUCAAUCGAAACACUGCGUCCCAGCCGAUAGCCCGCUGACUGCAAAGCUGUGAUUGUCCGCCUGACUUCCAGUGGACUGUCCACAUUGUUGUGGCGUGGCCCUUUUGUAACCAUGACAACUACAGAGCCACCUAACGGACUGUUGCACCGAAACGUCAAGACCCGUCAGUCGGACGAGAUCACUGGUCACGGUGAAGACCAUAAUAUUUUACAAGAGGAGGAUCUAAAACGGUGGCAGAAACAUGCACAGGUGGUGAAGGGGAAUGUCCUGAAGCAGGUCCAGGAUCAGCUUGGCGAUUUACUAGACAAAGCUCUGACUGACUCCAUCCAGCCUUUUGGCCAAAUACGGCCAGCUGCUAACGGGAAGCCAUCCAAAAGACCCCCAUCCAGUUCUCAGAGAAUGGAUGAUGGCAAAAUGUUUAUGGACAGGCCAUCGCUGUUGGAUGAACUGUUUGAGAUCAACCACAUCAGGACCAUCUACCACAUGUUCAUCGCCAUCCUCCUCAUUUUCUGCCUGAGCACGCUGGCUGUCGACUUCUUCGACCAGGGCAGGUUGGUCUUGGAGUUCGACCUGCUGUUCUUUGCCUUUGGGAAGCUGGGGACGGUCACCUGGGCCUGGACUGUGAUGUUUGUCUACACCCUGCUCGUGCCCUACUUCACGCUGGUGUUUUGGGGAUCUCUGUACCACAGCUUCCCCUCUAAGUUGGGGCUUUCUCUCGGCGCGGGUCUGGUCCUGUCUGCAGCGCAGACCUGUGUGCUGGGAAUAUUUCCCGUCUACGUGGCUGUGCACUACGAGCUGCCGCCAGCCUCGCGGUUUAUCGUGAUACUGGAGCAGAUUCGAUUCCUGAUGAAAAGCUACUCGUUCAUGAGAGAAACCGCUCCUGUUAUUAUGAAGAAUACACCAAAGCAAGGGGAAAGUCCAAGAUCUCCAACAUUUUCCAGCUAUCUGUACUUCCUCUUCUGUCCAACUCUCAUCUACAGGGAAUCUUAUCCUCGGAACUCCCACAUAAGAUGGAAGUAUGUUUUCACCACACUUGGUAUGAUCUUUGGGUGCCUGUUUUACGGCUACUUCAUCCUGGUCCGCCUCUGCGUGCCCGUCUUCAGACCCAAGAGCAACCAGCCUUUUAGUAAACGAACAAUGGUGCUGGCUGUGUUCCACGCAAUAUUACCAGGCACAAUGCUCCUCCUGCUCUGCUUCUUUGCCUUCCUGCACUGCUGGCUCAACCUCUUCGGGGAGCUGCUGCGUUUUGCUGACAGGAUGUUUUAUAAGGACUGGUGGAACUCAACAUCUUUCGCCAACUAUUACCGUACCUGGAAUGUAGUGGUUCACGACUGGCUCUAUUACUACGGAUACAGAGACUUCCUCUUGCUGUCGAAAAGGAAAUUCCGAACAGCCGCCAUGCUCUCCGUGUUCAUCGUCUCCGCCCUCGUCCACGAGUACGCCUUGGGCAUGGGAUUCGGCUUCUUCUACCCCGUCAUGUUCUGUCUCUUUGCCUGCUUCGGAGUGGUGUUCAACUUUACCAUGAAUGACAAGCGGCAGAGCCCCGUGUUCAACGUCAUCAUGUGGAUGUGUCUCUUCCUGGGUCAGGGUGUCCAGGUGUGUCUGUACUGCCAGGAGUGGUACGCUCAGAUACACUGCCCUCAGGCCGGGAAGAGCUUCUGGGAGUCGGUGACACCUCGGUCGUGGUCCUGCAACUACCAGAGUUAAUGCAGCCUUUGUCCUUGGCUGGAUGCAUGAAUGACGGCAUGUGAUAGACUGAACACAGUAGAGAGCAAGGAGCUUGGAAGUCAUGUAAAUAGGGCUUUUUUGUACGAUAUUCUGCUGAUAUGAUGUAAAGAUUUUUUUUUUACUCGUAUCUUUGCGUUGUUUUUUGGAUAUGUUGUCUCUCACUUUGUCACUGAUCACUCACCUGAAUCAUUUAAAAUGCCCCAUAAUCUGAUUACAGCAGUCUGUAUUUAUAGCUGUAAGUAACACACAUUCAGAAUGCCCUUUGACAAUAAUCCUAAUAACAAUACAAAAAAACUAUGAUUAUAAUAGCAAGAAACAAUUUCUAUAUAUUUUCACUUAAAGCAAACGAUGACCAUUAUAGUAACUAUAGAGAUCUUAGAAAGCCAUAUGAAAAAAUAUUGCAGUAUGUUACAACUAUUGGAAAUGAAUACGCAAUUAUCCUUGUAAAAGAGUUUUGAAGCUACGACCUCCAAUUAUGAAUCAUACUUGACCUUUAUAAGUCCUUAAACAAUAAUUAAUGUGUAAUGAUGAUCAUUGUCAUAAUGAGUUAUUCAUAUUCAUGAGCGCUUACAACUAUAACAAAACACUGUUAUGAGCAUUAUUUUCUUUGAGCGGUAUCAAAAGAAGUUACCAAACUUUCUUUACAACUUAUUGUAUUUUCUUUAAUCAAGUGCUCAUAGAACAUCAACCUGUGAGGAAACGGUUGCACAUUAAUCAUCAAUUUGCUGGUUUAUUCACAAUAAAUUGUCAGGCUGGCUGUUUAACCCUCCUAGAUCUAAUUUGCUGAAUGAUUAAAUGUAUUUAAAUGAUAAGCCCUCAGAACUCUCUGGAAAUGAAAUAGUUAUGGUCACCUGCCGCAAUGGGCCUGCGCUGUGUUGCACGUUUAAUCCCGCCUCGGUUGACAUUCAGAUGGCAGGGACUGAUUGGGAGAGCAGGUACCUUCACCGACCAACCGCAGCGCAGCGUCAUAUCAGUCGGCCACAAAGCCGCGUUUGUGUGCCUGCCGUGUCCCUCCGAAGUCAUGCAGGAAGAAGAGGAUUAACAUCGGUACAGUGUUUGCAUUGGUGAUGUAAUGCUCUGUAAACAGAUGCCACAGUGCCGUGGAAGCUCAGAGUCCUUUUAGAAGCAGCGUCAAUGGUGGAACUUAAUAAAAAGUUGUGUCUAUGUUUGGCAUAAUUCAUUAAAUGUUACACUUGAGAACAAAA